UAUUUGAUAAAAAAUGUGAUAUUGUCUCACCUAAAACUCAUCUAAGCUCCAAAAUAUGUUGAAACAAAGACGAUUUGGGUAUUUUUGCAGCUGCAAACAUUUUGCUUUCACGGCCAAGGGUUAUUUGCAUGUAAAUGAAUUCACUUUGACAGUUUUUUGUAUUUCUGAUUAGAAAAGAAUCAUAUGAAAGAUAAGCAGCAAUUACAAGACAUUAAGACGACUGAGUAACAGGUGUAUUGUCAUUCUAGUGAAACCGUAAAAUAACAGAUUGAACUGAAACUAUGAGCUCCCAGCAGGUCAUGAGUUUACUGUGAGGUUGUGAAGCACUUUGAAUAAAAAGCCUGUGUCAUCAGUAUUACUGAGACGUGCGCUUUAACGGUUUUGUGUUUUCAGCAGAUUCCCUUAAACACAAAACUCAUCCUCUGUGAUUGGUUGUGGCCGGACGCGCUCUUUUGUUCCAGCGAGACGUUUGUUCGCCGUUUCCUGCACACAACAAAACUUUCCUGCCAUCCCGGGCAUUAUCGGGGCUCCGCAGUGCUUUGGCAACUCAGAACAUUGGAUUCUCUGACAUUUAGUGAGGAAAAAAAACAAGAUAAAGGAUGUACAGCUUCAUGGGAGGUGGGCUGUUCUGUGCUGGAGUCGGGAACAUACUCCUCAUCAUCUCCACGGCAACGGACUACUGGAUGCAGUAUCGUCACUCCAGCAGUUACAUGCACCAGGGCCUGUGGCGGUACUGCGUGCCGGGGAAAUGCAUGACACACACAGAUAGCAUCGCCUACUGGGACGCCACUCGGGCCUUCAUGAUCCUCUCCCUGCUGGCUUGUUUCAUCGGCAUAGUGAUCGGGAUCAUGGCCUUCAUCCACUACUCCUCCUUUGAUGGAUUUGACAAGACUUUUGCAGCUGGCAUCCUCUUCUUCAUCUCCUGCUUCUUUGUGCUGUUGGCGAUGGCCGUCUACACAGGCGUGACAGUCAACUAUUACGGGAAACGCUAUGGCAGCUGGCGGUUCUCCUGGUCAUACAUAAUGGGCUGGGUGGCGGUGGUGCUGACAUUCUUCUCAGGUAUCUUCUUCAUGUGUGCCUACCGGAUGCAUGAAUGCCCUAGAAACUCCAACACCCGCUGACCUGCCCAAGCUGGUCCCAAAGGAGAAACCAAUGUUCGUAUCAAUUUUCAAACCACUUCCCAGAAAAAAAACAUUUAUGAAUAAGCAAAAUAAAUGUGGAAAAAAAUAUCUGGUUUCUGUGUUCUUU